CGGCAGAUGGAGCGCUGCCAUAAAAAAUUGACAGGAUUUACAUGACAAAACUGAAACACGAGUGGAAAACAAAUUCUUCACAAAGGCCCGCGCCUAAAAUACGGAGUGAAGAAUAAAUGAACGUCCAUUUCAUGGCGAACUUUAAAACUGGGGCAGGGGGUCAUAUUCAGGUUUUCACAGCGCAUUUUACGUUGCUACAACGGCAUCAUUUCUUCAUCUAAUGUCUCGCACUACAACGACGCUUAUCAGAGAAGAAGGAAGCUACUGCUGCGCAAGAGUUCCAAACAGCUGCGCUGCUCGGCCGGUGUUUUCAUUGUCGGCGCAACAUGAGUCUGAACGAGCAUUCACUGCAAGCACUGUCCUGGAGAAAGCUGUACCUGAGUCGAGCUAAACUGAAGGCUUCUAGUCGAACAUCAGCUCUGCUUUCUGGAUUUGCUAUGGUGGCUAUGGUAGAGGUGCAGCUGGAUAACAGUUAUCCUUACCCACCUGCUCUUCUCAUCGCCUUCAGUGCCUGCACCACUGUACUUGUGGCCGUUCACCUGUUUGCUCUGAUGGUCAGCACCUGCAUUUUGCCAAAUAUAGAGGCUGUCAGCAACGUCCACAAUCUCAACUCUGUGAAGGAGUCCCCACAUGAGCGGAUGCACAGGCAUAUUGAACUGGCCUGGGCUUUUUCUACUGUCAUUGGCACUUUGCUUUUUCUUGCUGAGGUAGUUCUACUCUGCUGGGUCAAAUUUUUACCUGUUAAGCCCAAUAAAUCCAGUAAUAAUACAGUUUCUACGGUUUCAUCUGGUGUGGCUGCUGCUAUUACUUCAACCUCUAUUAUGGUUCCCUUUGGUUUAGUCUUCAUUGUCUUUGCUGUGCAUUUCUAUCGCUCCUUGGUCAGCCACAAGACUGACAGACAGUUUCAGGAGCUUGAAGAGCUAUCUAACCUAACCAGACUUCAAAACGAGCUUGACAACAGGGGGGAAUCUUCAAUUUUGCAGUCUCCAAGCUCACAUUUUCCAUGAACAAGUACAGUUGAUUCGUAUCUGUGGUGGAACUCUGACUUCUUGGAAUUUCUCCAAGCCUGAAGCCACAAUUUUGGCUUCAGAUUCUUUUUUUUAAACAGGAAUGAAGAUGUAACUUGCCCAUAGUUGUGAACUUUUAAUUUUGUGAAGAGCUGUAUUUUUAGAAGACACAUUUCAUCAACUGUGAACACAUAAAUCUGCCAUAAUGCAUGUAGCUUGAAAUCAUUCAAUCUUAAAUGUGAUCGUAGCUUGAUAAAUCUCUUACAUUAUGGACAUUAUGGCAGACAUAUGAUCAGUAACUUGGAAUCCUGUCUGUUGCCUGCUGCAUUUAUUUAUGUUUAUCAGCAAAUAUUGCAUAUCUUUAUGUAUAGUAUGUUUCGUGAACUACAGACUUACUCUGUUUCCUCCUCAUUUACAGGAUUUAUGAUAAUGAACUCCAUUUCUAUUUGUACUGCUUGCUCUUUCUGAUAACUGACUAAUCAGCUGCCAAAAUUAAAUAUUAGAAAAUUGCUGACAUACAGUAUGUGGCAUAGCUGUGGUGAUAGAAUAAACCUUUUUUUAAGAGUU